GACGGGCAUAUUCCCAGACACAGACAGCAGAGACCACCAGACCAUCACCACCACCACAGAGGCAAGAGAGAGGAGAGAGCUGCCUGAACCAUCACAGAUUACCUUGGCUAGCAACUACAGACAGACAGAUAAUCCAGAGAGAAGAACACCCAACACAGAGACACCAAGACAGACAGAUAGAUAGAGAGCUUCUAGAGUCCUAGAAGCUAACGGAGGUGAUAAAAACAGAUAUAAGGACAGAACUGUGAUAAUGCAGGUGUGUACCGUUGUUGAGAAGCGUGCUGGGGCCGUGGUGGGGGCUGAGCUGGCCUGCAGCGUACAUGAAGAGAACCAGGCUCAGAGGGAGAGCUACAAAGCCGACUGGAACAGCGUUAACAUGAAGACCCGAGCCAUGGACAGGCAGACAAUGAACAUGAACGAUGACUCUCGUAGGGAGACCUACACUCGUCAGUGGGAGGCUCGCUCUCUGGCCCAGGCCUGUCCCUCGGGGGUGUACAGAGUGGGCACCGUGGAGAGGGGUGUGAGAGAGCACCAGCUUCUGCCCAAGAGGAACACCCUGCCGCUGCCCAUCUUCACCCCUGCACAGCUGGGCAUCCGGCUGGGUCGCGGAGCACCACACACCCAGAAGGACCUCCGUCCCUUCCCCAUCCCCGACGGUGUCUGCCCUGGCAAGAGGGCCGUGGUUGAGAUCACACAGGACCUGCCUCCCGCCAAGCCACUCAGGAUGGAGUUCGCCAAGGCGCCCAAAGCACUGGGCCGCUCCGUGUCACAGGAGGCCCAGAGAGGGUGAAGGAAGAGGAGAGGAACAAUGGACGUUAGAGUGAAAGGUUAACUUUGGGGCUCAGUCCAUCAGAUAACAGCAUGGAGGGAUGUGUAUAGAUUUAUUCCUAGUGACAUUUAUUCCAUCCCUAUUCCCUAGUAGUGCCGUCACACAGUGUAUACCUUUCCUGUUUAAUUAAGUAUUACAUGUAUACUAGGGACAUGUCCAAUGUCAUACUGUUUGUUAUACAAGGUAUUAUUUGCUUAGAGAGCUGAUGGCAUCUUUUGAUUGACAGAAAGGUGUGUUUCAGCUGUGCCAUCAACUAAUCUCCCUGUUGACUGGAAAAUACCAGACUGUCCUUGUCACGUCUACACACUGAAUGAACUGCCCCUGCCCCCCUGCCUGGCUAAAGCCAGCUCUGGAUAAGCCACACAGCAUAGUAUGGCAUUCUGACUGCAUUGUGUGCAGUGGUACAUUCUGACCGCAUUGUCAUAUUAUGGCAAUGACACCUCACAGUAUUGAGACAGCAGGACAUUUAAUAUGCUCAACCAAUGUGCUAAUGAGGAUGUAUUUUUUGAUAUAUUCAUGUGGAAUGAUGCACAGAUGAGGGAGGUGAGGGAAGGGACAUAUGAAGAUAUCAAAGAUGCUUCAAAAGGGACAGAGUGGGAGAGAGCAGAAGAGAAUUGGAACUGUAGAGCGGAACAAGAAAGUGGGCACGGAGGGAGGGGUGGGCUCAACAUACCUUGGCAUCCAUCCCUCUUCUUUCAUAAGAAUGGAGAGCUGGUGAGCCUCCAGACCUUCAGAAGUCCUUGACACACUCUAAUCCUGGGUGAGAGGACAGAACGGUACAACAUGAUCCCACACUGGGAACCCAGACAAAGGAGCCACUUGGGCACAGACGUCAAUUCAACAUCUAUUCCACGUUGGUUCAAUGUCAUUUCAUUGAAAUGAUGUGGAAACAACGUUGAUUCAACCAGUGUGUGCCCAGUGGGAGGUUUGUGUGUGCUGACAUGUCUGGAUGGUCCCGGGUCAGGACUCAAGUCAUUGAUAUAGACUGACUACUUGUAUGAUCAAGACUUAUCGUAUAUAUUUCAAACAAUGUGUCAUUUGACAGUGUUUGAGCUGAUCUGCCCACCUAGCUGUGUGUUAAUGUUGACAUCUGAUGUACAGCAUCUGAUGUAUCUGGUAGAGUUAGUGAACAGAUCAUACAGAAUGAUGUGAGUCUCUACUGUUGUAGAGGAAAGUGGGGUAAGUUGAGCCAUUUCUUACAUUCAGCAUCACUCUGUCAAGGGAAAUAUAGUAUUCUUUCUAACAAAGAUGUCUACAUGUAUUUCAGGAUGUUGUGUAUCCCUGGAAAUAAACCGAAUUCAUGUAAACAUUGUAAUUUUGAAAGCAUAGUUUGUCCAAAAAAAGGGGUCUCUUGACACAAUUUAUUUGAGCCGGGGGCCGGGUAAGUUAAGCCGUCUACAAAUGUCAGUACUGAAUGAAAUAUUACCACUAACUGUUUCCCAAACACAAUUCAACACCACCACAAUCACUUUUUUGUCUUGUAAUAAUUUGAAGCAUCUUUUAACACUUGUCAUUGGCUCAACCAUUUACCCCACUGCCGUUGGCUCAACUUACCCCAAGGCAAACAUUUUGACUAAAUCAGCCCACACAGCUACAAGGAUGCACUUUCAUGUUAGGUUUAGGACCGCAUAUUGAAGCUUAUAGAGACCCAAAAUGAUGUAUAGAACAAUUUUUCACAGACUCCAUGAAAUUAUGACCUCUUCCUAAAUAUUUUGUCAAAUUAUUAAUUUUGUGUAUGGCUUCCUAGAUACAACUAACCCGUUUGGCUCAACUUAUCCCACUCUCCACUAUCUGUUUUCAUGUGUUGGGUUUAUAUUUUUGUAUAAUAAAAUCUGAAGUGCUUUUCACUUUU